GGCGGCGGCGGCGAUGGACAGCGAGUUCUCGGACGCGGAGGCGGCGCCGGGCGGGGAGGAGAACGCACCGGUUUAUUGCGUGUGCAGGAAGCCCGACAUCAACUGUUUUAUGAUCGGAUGUGACAACUGCAACGAGUGGUUCCAUGGGGACUGUAUCAACAUCACCGAGCGCAUGGCCAAGGCCAUCCGGGAGUGGUACUGCCGCCAGUGCCGCGAGAAGGACCCAUCCCUGGAGAUCCGGUACCGGCACAAGAAAUGGCGGGAGAAGGAGCACGAGGGGGCCAAGGGGCAGGAGCUGGAGCAGGGCCGGGUGGCCAAGAUCAAGCGCUCAGCCCGCAUGUGUGGGGAGUGCGAGGCCUGCCGGCGCCCCGAGGACUGCGGGCAGUGCGAUUUCUGCCGGGACAUGAAGAAGUUCGGGGGCCCCAACAAGAUCCGCCAGAAGUGUCGCCUGCGGCAGUGCCAGCUGCGGGCCCGGGAGUCCUACAAGUACUUCCCCACCUCGCUGGCGCGGGGGCGCGAGGGGGACCUGGAGCUCCUGAAGGCGCAGCUGGGGCCGGGGCCCCCCGAGAGCCUCUCGGACGAGGAGCUGCCCCUCGACCCCCGGCUCUACCAGGAGCUCUGCGCCGGCGCCUUCGACGAGCACGGCCUGCCCUGGCUCAGCGACGCCGAGGACGCCCCGUUCCUCGACCCCGUCCUGCGCAAACGCGCCGUGAAGGUCAAACAUGUCAAACGCCGCGAGAAGAAGUCGGACAAGAAGAAGGAGGAGCGGUACAAGCGGCACCGGCAGCGCGCCCGGCACCGGGAGCGCCGGGGACACCCCGAACGCGCUGACGCCCGGGACCCCGCGGGGCUGGGCCAGUGCCUGGGGCCCGGCUGCACCCGCCCUGCCCGCCCCCCCUCCAAGUACUGCAGCGAGGCCUGUGGCAUCAAACUGGCUGCCAACCGGAUCUACGAGAUCCUGCCGCAGCGGAUCCAGCAGUGGCAGCAGAGCCCGUGCGUGGCCGAGGAACACGGGAAGCGGCUCCUGGAGCGGAUCCGGCGGGAGCAGCACCAGGCGCGGCUGCGGCUGCAGGAGAUGGAGCGGCGCUUCCACGAGCUCGAGGGGCUCAUCGCCCGCGCCAAGGGGCACCCGCCCCGCGAGGACGAGGAGAGCACAGAGGGGGACAGUGAGGACACAGACCUGCAGAUCUUCUGUGUCUCCUGCGGCCACCCCAUCAACCCCAAGGUGGCCCUGCGGCACAUGGAGCGCUGCUACGCCAAGUACGAGAGCCAAACGUCCUUCGGGUCCAUGUACCCCACCCGCAUCGAGGGGGCCACCCGCCUGUUCUGCGAUGUUUACAACCCCCAGAGCAAAACCUACUGCAAGAGGCUGCAGGUGCUGUGCCCGGAGCACUCCCGGGACCCCAAGGUGCCCGCGGAUGAGGUGUGUGGGUGUCCCCUGGUCCGGGACGUGUUCGAGCUGACGGGCGAUUUCUGCCGCGUCCCCAAGCGCAAGUGCCACCGUCACUACUGCUGGGAGAAGCUGCGCCGCGCCGAGGUGGACCUGGAGCGUGUCCGUGUGUGGUACAAGCUGGACGAGCUGUUCGAGCAGGAGCGCAAUGUCCGGGCGGCCAUGACGAACCGCGCGGGGCUCCUGGCGCUGAUGCUGCACCAGACGAUCCAGCACGACCCGCUGACCACGGACCUGCGCUCGGAGCGCUGACGGGACCCCCACAGCCCCCACCCCCCAGGCCUGGGCCCUCCCCCCCACAAUAAAUCGGGUGUAAAAACCGUG